AUGUCCAAGCCAAGCCAGCUAUUCUUGCUAGCCGACCACAUCAAGUUGUCGCUACUAGAGCGCCAGCGGGCAAAGAGCCUCGACCUCGACGACAGCGACACCCAAGACGGCCACUUAUCGCGAUCGCUCGAUCAGUUCCGCACCGGUCUCGCGGCUCUGCGGCAGGAAAAGGCGCGCGUGGAGCAGACGGACGAUCAAAGCGCGGCAAAGUCCAUCGAAAACGAAUUGGCCAUACUGCAGAAACAGUACGAUGACCUGACAGCUCAGUUCCACGGCUUCUCAAACCCUGCCUCGGAAGCAACCCUGAACCACGCAAACUCGGACGCGCUCACCGAUGACUUUGCCCACGCCGCUUCAACGUCUCCCGUCUCCCACAAGCCCAAAACCGUCCGCUUCACCGACACGCCGUCGUCCCCGUCCGACCAGUUGUUCAAGCCCUACAGCGACGACCCGAACCAUGACUCGGCCGGUUACCGUGACCAGUCCGCAGACAUGACCAACCAGCAGCUGCACGAGUACCACUCGCAGAUCCUCGACAAUCAGGAUGAGCAACUCGACCGGCUGGGGGAGUCGAUUGGCCGCCAGCGCGAGCUCAGCAUGCAAAUUGGCGACGAGCUGGAUAGCCACGUCGCCAUGCUGGACGAGGUCGAGGCCGUUACAGAUCGCCAUCAGGGUCGCCUGGAUCGUGCAAAGAAUACCCUGGGCAGGGUGGCUAGAGGUGCCGGCGAAAACAAACAGAUGACUGCCAUUGUUGUCCUCAUCAUCAUUCUCGUCCUCCUAAUCGCUAUCUUGAAAUGA